AUGCUCUCCCGCCUCGUCCUCCGCGCUGCCCCCGCCGCGCUGAAGGCGCUGCCGCCGCCCCUCGCUGCGGGUGUGCUGCACACUACCAGAUCACUGCACACAACUCAGCAGAGUUUGGCUCCUUUGCCACCCCUGCCCGAGAAAGGAGGAGAAGUUCGUCAUGGUUUGAUCCCCGAGGAGUUUUUCCAGUUUCUCUACCCUAAAACAGGAGUCACAGGGCCCUACAUGCUGGGCACUGGCCUCAUGCUGUACCUGCUUUCCAAGGAGAUCUAUGUCAUUAACCACGAGACAGUGGCAGGUGCCUGUAUCCUGACAGUCCUCAUCUAUGGCAUCAAGAGGUUUGGGAAGGAUGUAGCAGCUUUUGCUGACAAACUGAACGAGGAGAAAAUAGCUCAAGCCUUAGCAGUGAAAAAUGAGGCUAUUGAGAACCUCCAGGCUGCCAUUGAGCAGGAGAAGAAGGAGCAGUGGAGGGUGGAAGGUCGCAGUUACCUGUUCGAUGCCAAGCGGAAUAACAUUGCAAUGCAGCUGGAAACCAACUACAGGGAGAGGAUGAUGAUGGUGUACAACGAGGUGAAGAAGAGGUUGGACUACCAAGUGGCUAUGCAGAACUUAAAGCGUCAGAAGGAACAGGAUCACAUGAUUCAGUGGGUGGAGAAGAAUGUCAUUCAGAGCAUCACACCUCAGCAGCAAAAGGAAAGCAUUGCCAAGUGCAUUCUGGACCUGAAGGCACUGUCCAAGGGGUCCCACGCAGUGCUGUGA